AUGGAGGGACGUUGCCAGUGCUCGCAAAUCCGCUUUACGACUCCUCUUCCCGAGCCUCUGAAGCUGUACAUCUGCCACUGCACCGAAUGUCGACACCAGUCCUCAUCUACGUAUGGAAUGACAGCCAUCUUCCCUACGUUCGACAUCCCCGCCUCCUCGCCCGGUCAGAUCGGCGUAUACACUCGUCCAACGAACUCAGGACGCCAGCUUGACUGUCUGUUCUGUACAAACUGCGGGAGUCGUCUGUUACAUCGGCCGCGCGGAGGAGAGACGCUCAGCGUCAAGGCUGGCUGUCUAGUCGCACUCAACAAGGAGAUGAUGAAAGACGCAGUGCAUAUCUGGUGCAAGGAGGCUGUCGUGGAGAUCCCAGAGGGUGUCGAGCGCUGGGAAGGAGAACCUGGAGGCGGCUCGUUUUCUUGA